AGUUCGGCCCUACAUCCGUUUGUUCAGGAAUACAUACGAAGAAUGUCCACGGUGAAAGGUCACGACUUGGUGGACGAAACUUGUGUCCCCGCGAAGAAAGCUUGUAUUAAUAAAUGGAAUGGCAGACCUUACUCACAAAAGUACCAUGAAAUCCUGGAGAUAAGAAAGACGCUUCCUGUAUGGGAGAUAAAAGAAGAAUUCUUCCAGGCUCUGAAGGCUAACCAGUCACUGAUUUUAGUUGGAGAAACUGGUAGCGGCAAAACAACCCAGAUCCCUCAGUUCGUUUUGGAUGCUGUUGACUUAGAGACUCCUGACAAAGAUAAAAGUAUGAUGAUAGCCUGCACGCAGCCUCAUAGGGUUGCUGCGAUAUCUAUGGCCCGUCGAGUUGCUGAAGAGAUGGAUUUAACAAUUGGAAAAGAAGUCAGUUACACCAUCCAGUUUGAAGAUUGCAGUAGUUCAAAAACUGUUGUAAAGUAUUUAACAGAUGGUAUGCUUUUGAGAGAAGCUAUGACAGAUCCCCUUCUGGAAUGUUAUAGAGCUAUUAUACUUGAUGAGGUUCAUAAAAGAACUUCAGCAACAGAUACUGCUCUAUUUGGGCUUCUGAAAGAAGUACUGAAAAAUAGGCCUGAUAUGAAACUGGUGGUGAUGAGUGCCUCAACCCUUGAGGCCGAGAAGUUUCAGGAUUACUUUGAUGGUGCACCUCUUAUGAAAGUUCCUAGAAGGCUCCAUCUAAUAAAGAUCUCCUACACACAGGCACAGGUCAGGGACAAUGGCGCAGACACAGAUUUGCGUUGCAGCGACGACAUUCUAACAGAGAUUCUAAUUCGUUUGCCACUCAAAUUGGUCUUCAGAUGCAAGUGUGUAUCAAAAAGGUGGCACCAUCUUAUCUCGAAUCCUUCUUUCAGGGAUAUUUAUAGCACAUCUCCUCAUUGUGAACACCUGGUGGGUUUCUUCCAAACCCCAACAAUGGGACGACUCGUUUAUUUCAGCCCUAUCAAGAAGAAAAAAGGAACAGCAAGAAAGCGUGGUUCCAGAUGUAUCAAGAGGCAAACAUUUGAAUUCUUGGCAACAUCACCACCAUCAAGAGUGACUUGUUCAGCAGUGGAAGGAGGAGGAGGAGGUGGAGAUUUCAUCAGUUUGGAAUCAUCUCAAGAAAUUCUUAACUCGCUCGGCAACAUCAUCUGUUCUUCCAAUGGUCUUCUCCUAUGCGGUAUUCACCCUAGUACCUACUAUAUAUUCAACCCUGUCACCAAGGAGUUUUACCAACUUCCUCCUCGUCUUGGUAAAAAGUGGGAAUCUUCGACUUCUUAUAUCGUGGGUCUAGUCGCUGCCAAUUGUGAUGAUGUAUCCACUACUUCAUCAAUCCGAUACAAAGUGGUGCAUGCUCAGACUAGAAGUUGUGACGCUGUCAGUGGAAACAAGGUUAAGAUAGGUACUUUCUCCUCCGAGACGGGCAAAUGGAGGCAAUCUAUGGUGCCGCUCACUGGCACUGGCAAUUAUUACCUCUUGGAUCCACCAAGGAAGGCCACUGUGAUAAGAGGAGCCAUUCACUGGCUGGGUUAUCACAUCGGGGUGUAUGAUCCGUAUAAGGUAGAUGGGCAUAUGGAAAUGAUUGCAACUCCACCCUUCCAGUUCAUCCACAAAUGCGUCAUGGGAGAGUCUACUGACAACCUACUCCAAAUAGCAGUGUUCAAUGAUACAUUGACCUCCAUUCAAGUAUGGGUUUACCAUUCAAACGAGGGCCAAUGGUCGUUGAGACAUGAGCUGCCAGUAGGUCUACUACAUCGUCAAAUCAUGCUAUUGGAUUUCCAUCCUCAUAUUCCUGAAGCUGUUUUUUUCAAUUUCCAUGGUUACAUCUAUCUCCAAUACUUCAACAUUACUCCAAGAUCGGAAAAAGUGCAUUAUCGUGGCUGUGCCUUCGAAGAAAUAAGGCCGCGACCAUAUUUUCUCCCACGUUGGCCCACUCUCCUUAUCCAAAAACUAGAAAGAUGUACUGCCUGAGACCCUGGCUGAUCUACAACCCCUCUCCCCCUCUUUUUACAAUAAGUAGAGAUUUAAAUUACUGGUCUGCGAAGUAGUACUUGUUCUUCAGUACCAUUUUUUUUUUUUUUUGAUUCAA